GUCAAAUUUUAUUUGCUGUCCCAAGCCUGUGAAGAAGGUUUGGCCAUCGGCUUGCAGUUUGUAAAAGGUAACUUGCAAUUAUGUUCCAAAUCUAUAGCUCAACUCUUGUGUGUUAAAAGAUCUUUGGCUUUCUACUUAGAAUGAUGUGAACUUUGGGGCAUGUGUGAAAUUGUGCAGCGAAUUCAAGUUAGCUUGUAAAGAGGGUAAUUAUUUUUUUGAAGUAUCAAUAGCUUAUUUUGGGCCAUUUAUAUUUUAAUAUUAUGCAUCCUCCUGUUAAACCUGUACAUAUUUUAACAUUUACCCCAUGCAUAUUUAUAAAUGAGACUCUCACCCCCACCCCACAGCCAAAAGUGUCCUAUUUAUAGACAAUUAUGGCGACGAAGACAAUCAAACAAGUUGCUGUAACCCAUGUUUUGUGCAGCAAUCAUCAAAGUACCUAGAUGGACAAUCUUUGAGUCAUCUAAAUUGAAUAAUUAAAUCAUAAAUCAUAACACACACAUGGAACCAUACGUUAGACUAAGGUUAUCAUUGGGCCAAAUGUAACUAUUGUAAGCUGACCAAACGUCCCGUAAAAACAGGAUUGUCCUAUUUUUUCAAAAUCGUACCCGUUGUCCAGAAAAAGUCUCUCGGGAUGCCUAAAUUUCCCUUUUUUUUAAACCAAACACAUUUUCAAAUCACUAAAACUUCCUAAUUUAUAAUAUAACUUCAAAUAAUAUUUUGCCUAGCUGUGUAGCCAGUGCCAGUAGUGAUGUGGGCCUGCGUGAUGGCUGUACUUUUCCCCCUCCACCACAGUGUCCCUGCCAUAGAUCUUAUAUGUAAAUGUUUGGCGAAAGACACAAGACUUGAAGCUGGGGGGGGGGGCGUGGCGAGGAUGUAACUUUGCAGAAACCAAUUUUGAUUCAGCUACCGCUACGUGUAAUGUGUUAGUCUUGUGUGUGAUCCCUGCCGGCCGGUUCCUGUCAGAGUGACAGGUGUUUGUUUUGGAUGCUGAAUUUUAUUCUUUAAUUUUAUAUUAUCUUCUCAUGUAGACAAUAAUUAUGCCCAAGCGUCAAUGUAAGUAAUGGAGGAGUAUUCCAAAGAGUGGAACUAUAUUAAAAAGGGAUGCUAUGAAAAUGAAGCCGAGUGCACAGUUUGCAAUAAUGUUUUGAGUAUUGGUCAUGGUGGAUGUUCAGACACAUCAUAUGACAUAGGAAAAGACCGAGUGCCCCAAAGUAGAUUUCUAGGUUAGAUUUCAUAGUUAAAAUGAGCAUAUUUCAAUAAACAGUUUCCGGCUGAGCCCCCUGGACCCCUCUUUAGCUGGAAGGUAUCCCCCCCCCCCCAAACCAUCCAUGUAAGUGUCCCGUUUUUUCCAGUUCAUGAUUUGGUCACCCUAAACUAUUGUGAUGUCUAGUUAGUUCAUUUGUGCAACAAUAAUUACCAUGGAGUAUGAUUACCAUAAUUAAGAAAUGUAGCGCUGAUAUUUUUAUUUAUUUCUAAAAUAAUUAGAAACAUGUAUCCAACUAUUUUUAAGGGUCAGUUUGCUUGAUUAGAUAUAAAAAUAGAUUAUUUAUGGACUGUCAGAAUUUCUGGAUAAUUAUCACAAAAAUUGGUGCAUAAAUGCAUCUUGGUACAUCGCCAAGAUGCCUCUCCAUAUUCUAUACAUACCCAUAUUCAAAAUCUCCAAAUCAACAAACCUCUCCCCACUCAGUUUGUACAACAUACAUAGAUGUCCACUUUUUAAAAAUUAUUCUUUAAAAAGAAAAGUGGGUGGGAUUGCAGGCAAUAAAACAAAUUUUAUAAUCAAAUGUUUAGGAAUCAUAAAUAAACUGAGUUAUUGUCAGAGUAGAUGAAAUAAAAUAAAUUAUGUAUCAAAAUCAAAUACUUAUAUGAAUCAAUUAUAGAUUUAUUUAUUAGUUUUUAAGCACUAUAAGUUUUCAUUUUCCUGUUGUUAAAUGCAAAAAAAUGGUGGCAUUUCUAGUUCUUACUAUUUCAAUAAUAAUAUUUUUAUUUCAUUCUUUCAAGUUGUUUAUGUUAUAAUCAUUCCCUUUUCCCGAACAUUGGAGUUCUCAAACAAUUUAUAUGUAUAGGAAAAUUACAAAUACAUUUAUAAUGUCCCAAAAAUAAACAUUAUUUAUUCUUAAAAUUAUAAAUUGUAUAAGUUACAUAUAUUGCAUAUAUCGAAUAUUUUUCCAAUGCGUUUCUAGACUUUAUUUAAAAAGGAUUUUUAGUUUAUAGAAUUUAAAUGAAAUUACAUUUUAUUUCUCUAAAAUUUCAGAUAAGAUAAAAGUCCCUGACUGGAGCACAGAUGAUGUAUUUCCCAUGCUUCAGUUACUGGGUUGUAUCAAAACUGAGAAACUUCAGCAUGCCAAAAGUUCAGUGUAAGUCACAGCAGCAGUUAACUGUUUUUCGUGUAUUUUAAUUUCUCGCAUAACAAAAUUUGGGGUGCAAUAUGAUUGAAUUAUUAAAAAUUUAAAAAUUUGAAAUGUUAAAUAUUAACACCUAAAUUCAUUUUUUAUUUAUUUUUUUUUUUUUUUUUGAAAUUCAACUUUUAUCAUUUGACUUUGUUUUCUCUUCCAGAUCCAUGUAUGAAUUGCUGGCACUAUCAGCUUACGUUGGAGCACUCAUUGCAAUCAAAAG